AUGCUUUACGUUUCCUUUUUUAUUCCACUUUCGAUUUUAAAUGAUUCCUUCAAAGGUUUUGUAUUAGGACCCAAAGCUGUUGAAAAAUGGUUCGAUAAGCUUCCUCAUGCAAAGCAAAAGGUAACUAAAUUUCAUUUCUAUUUUCAUGACAUAGUUAGUGGGAAAAAUCCAAGUGCAGUUCCAAUAAUCCAGUCCACAUCCCCAAUUUUUUUUGGGUAUGUUGCAAUGAUAGACGAUCCAUUAACAGUUGGACUUGAGCCCGACUCGACUAUAGUGGGUCGAGCCCAAGGGAUUUAUGGUGGAGCAGAUCAAAAUGAAGUUGCCCUUCUCAUGACUCUCAGACUGCGUGCCAAAUCCCCAACUUUCUUUGGGUUUGUUGCAAUGAUAGACGACCCACUAACAGUUGGACCAGAGCCCAAUUCAACAAUAGUGGGCCGAGCCCAAGGGAUUUAUGGUUUAGCUGAUCAAAAUGAGGAUGCCCUUCUCAUGACUCUCAAUUUUGUGUUCACAACUGGCAAAUAUAAAGGUAGCACAUUGAGUAUAAUGUUAUAG